AUGGACACAGAUAAGCUGGCCAUCAAGGAUGAUCAGCCAUUAGCUAACUCAGCCACUAACGCCAAAGGAGCUCGUUCUGAGAAUCGCGAUGAGGGUGUGGUUACCAUAUUUGAUGUGACCAAUAAGAUCGAAUGGGCCUUGAAACAGCUUGAAACCAAGGUGGAAGAGAACGAGAAGCAGUUUGAAAGGAGUCUCAAUGCUUUGGAAGACCAGAUAUCUCGUUGGAACGAGCGAGACUAA